GAGGAGGGGUAAAACCAAAGUGUGUAAAAAUCCGAAUGAUUGUUGCUGAAAAACACUGAAGAUUGCAAGAAUGGGAAGAAAGCGAGUCAAUGUGAGAGAAAAAGCGUCCGCGUCCGCAGCGAAACAAUGGAAAGCAAAAGAGAAGACAAGUACUGAGUGUGGUCCAAAUGACAUUUUGCCCAACUCAUUUUCCUUGGCGAUACACCAUCAGGGUGAAUUCAGAAGCUCUCCCAGCAAAGAAUACGUGGGAGGAAGGGUAGACUAUAUAGACAACUGUAAUGCUGAAAAAUGGUCACUACAAGUGCUUGAUGAAUGUGCAGUAAGACUAGGAUACCCGAAAGAUGCUCGUUUUGGGUGGUAUGGUAGGAUUCCUGGUAUGCCGCUUGAGACUGGACUAUAUUUUUGCAUGUGUGAUUGGGAUUGUGAUCUUCUAGUAAACACAUUGCCACUGAAUAGAGUGGCAGAGGUUUAUCUACAAGUUGGCACUGAUGAUAAUCCAGUGAGGUUUCAAACUCAAAAAACAGAGUAUGUAGACAUGCCUGAAGGCCACAAAACUUCUGCUAAGCAGGAUACAAAAGAUAAAGAAACAUCUGAAAUGGACAGUGACAUAGCAAUACUGGAAGAAGUUGACUUCAAUGAUAUGGACAACAGAAGGAAAAAUGUGGCUGAUGACAACAGUAAUGAAGUUGCUACAAACAGUCAUGAGAAUUUUGAUUCCAAAAGUCCUAAUUUGCAACAAGAAGAGGACAACAAGAGAGAUAAUGCAGGGGAAGAAGCACAAAUGGCAACUGAUAAUGAUAUCCAAGCUGAUGAGACUGAUGUGCAGGCUGAUAAUAAUGUGCAGGCUAAUGAUGAUAUGCAGGCUGACGACAAGUUCGAUGAUCCAGAUUAUACGGGGCAAGUUGAGGAGGAUGUUUUAUUUGAUGAAGCCUUAAAGAUUGGACAACAAUUUGGCGUGCAUAAAGGAGCUCCUGAAGUUGGACCUUCUACCAGCAAAGACAGAAGAAAGAAGAGAGCAAGUAGGGAAGGAGAAGCUGUUGACGAAGUAAAUAUUUGUGAUGAGCCUGACAUGGUUAAUGUGGAGGAUAUGCAGUCAGAAUAUGAAACAGAUUGUUCUAGAGAGUUGAAGAGUGAGAGUGAAUCCGAAAACGAAGAUGGUCGUAAGAGAAAUAAGAAGCCUAAAUUUUCAGUUUUUAAUGAGAAAACUGAAAUGAGAAGUCCAAGAUUUAAGGUAGGCCAGAGGUUUUCAUCAGUUGUUAUUUUUAGGUUGGCUGUUAGAAUCCAGGCUAUUAUGGAGGGAAGGGAUGUCCAAUUCAUAAAAAAUGACACAUAUAGGGUACGGGUGAAAUGCAGAGGCUGUGAAUGGCAAAUUUUUGGCUAAAAAAUGCAAGGUGAAAACACUUU